CAACAGCUGAUUAUCAUUAUUACGUUGAUUCAUCUCAUAAAUGUUAUAUCCAUUCUGAUAUUGAGUACAAUGUAAAUUUUAAUGAAAAAAAUAAUUUAAACUAGUUUAAAGAAGAUUAUGUAAAUGAAAUUUUAAAAAGACGGUGCGCGAGUUAUCAGUGUAGUGUAAAAAAGAUGUUAUGACAAGAUUUAUUUUUAGCUAAAAAUUUAGAAAAAAAGAUACAAAGGAUUUCUGGAAUUCGUGUAAUUUUUUUAAAAAUUGCACACAAUGAAUUCAGAAAGUCAAAAGGUAAAUGGUGAAAAAAUAACUCUAGAUCAGCAAAAUUCAACAGAUAAUCGAUUACCAUCAGUACAAGAACCAAAAUUCUGCAGUGUCACAAAAUUAACAAAAACAACAUCAGACGAAUUAAAAUUAAACAAUAAUGUUCCACUAUCUGAUAAAUGUUCCACAUCCAAUGAUUCAUCAAUAAAAUUAUUAAAUGGAUUGCCAUUAACGAAAAAUGUUGAAACAUCUGAAAAUGGUCAUUUUUCCGAUAUAUCAUCAUCAUCAUCAUCGAAUCUUCCAUCUUAUACUGCUCUAAAUCUCAGGUUUCAAUCGUCAAAUAAUUCAUCAUCAAAUCAUAUAAAUCAUAAAUCGACAAUUUUCACAAGUAAUUUGAAUCUUCCUCAAGAUAAUCAAUUAAUUUCAAAUGAAUAUAAUUCCUCAUCUUUAGAAGAGAAUAAUACGAGAAAAUUGAAUAGUAGUGAAAUAACAGAUGAAUCAUUUCCAAAUUCAUCAAAUGAGGAUCGUGAUAUGAGAAAUAAUGUUGAUUAUACAUCGGAAAUUGAAAAAUGUCCACCAAAAGUUUCAUGUAGUUCAGAUUCAAGUCCAGAAAUGGAGAAUAAAUGGUCAUCGAAUAGUGUUUUAAAUAAUAUCGGCGGUAGUAUUGGAUCUACAAAUCAGGGCACAUGUUUUUUAAGACAUAAUAUUAAUGGUUGUAAGGAUGUGGCUGGUCCCAGUGGUUUACAAAAGGCUCAAAGAAUACAAAAUGAAAGUCGAGAUUCAAGUUCAGGGAACGAGGGUGAUUUAUCCGAUGAGGAGGAUCAGUAUAUUUACACCUAUAAAGGUGACGAUGAUGACGAUAUCGGUGUUGAAAAUCGAUUAGACUUUAGACAAGAUUUAAAUCAUAUUCGCCGACAAGAACUCGAGAGACACGAUAGCGAUAGAUCUAGUCCAGAGAUGGAUUUUUUGGAAAUGGAUUUUGAUCCUGGACCUUCUUGCGAGCAUGAUACAGGAGAUAGUGAUAUGGCUUCCAUUAAUGAGGAUAUUCAAAAUAUUUCUUUGGAUAAUAUUGAAGGGGAACCAAAUUUAUUGAACGAUUUGAGUAACGCUAAAGUUGUUUCACGACAGGAAAUAUUGCAAAUUCAAGUUGUACCACGUCACGAUAUGUUGGGAAUUUCACAGGAAAAUAAUCCAAUUGAAAUUAAUGUUAGAGAUGAUAUUCCUGAGUGUCAACCGAGUACAUCAAGGAAUUCUUCUUCUAAAGAGGUGGAAAAAUCAUGGUUACCUGGUACUAGUAGCAAUACUAGUUCAAGAAAAUCAGAAGCAACAGGAUUACAUAGAAGUGGAGGAUGUCCCCUACAAGAAUCUUAUGGUUAUCACAAUACAAGUGGUGAUUUAAUUUCACCAGGUGAAAGUAGAGAAGUAGAUGCAGAAUUUUGGGCUAAUAAUGCAUCAACAUCAUCAUCUGAUAAUUCACGAAAAAUUAAUCUUAGUUCGACUCUUUAUCAUCGAAUGAUGGCUAAAAAAUUAAUGCUCAAUAAGCAAACGAAUUUUAAUCAAAGCAGCGAAUCAAAUUUGGAAAGUGAAUUAUGUGACGAGAGAUUGGAUGGUUUACCACCAAUUGAAAAAUUAAUGCACUGGAGUGAACAGGAAGCGGCUGUCAAACAAGUUACACAAAUUGCAACUUCUGCCUGUGGUGCAACUGCGGCAAUCAAUGCAAUUAUGGCACUUGAUGUGCCUUUUUCACUGGAGGUGUUAGUUAAAGGAGUUGCUACAAGAUUGAGAGAACCAGGUACACCAUUACCGAGAUAUUUGGUGAGUCGUUCAUUAGCCGGUGCAACACACAAAGAUAUAGAGCGAGGUAUACAUUUAGCAACGAACGGUGCAUUGGGAACAAAAUUUUUCGCCUUUUAUCCCGAGAGGAAGGUUUCAUUAUCCCAUUGGUUACAUCAUUGGAUUUCUCGCGGUGCUGUUCCUAUUGCAACUUUAAAUCUUCAACAUUGCGGAGAAGGUUGUAAUAUUCCCGAUGCUUGGCAUCAUCAAAUGAUAUUUGGUGUUGGUCCAGCGGGAAUUUACAUGACGAAUCCUCUUCAAUGUCUUCCAGAGCAGAUUUUGCGACAUCAACUCAUCAGCCCCAGUGUUUUAUUAAUCCGACGAGCAGAUGUUUUGGCACAUUGGAAUCCGACAACUGAUUUAUCACCAAUCAAGUCAUUUGAUCACAGAUGGCGAAAACUCAAUGUUCUAGGCCAAGUUGUCAAUAUGAUCCGUGAAACAAUGGGAGAAAGAAGUUGUACUGCCGUAAUAACUGGAGCAUCACAUGUACGAAUUCCUGCCUCGUAUCAAGCUGGAAUAACAUUGGUUGUACCUUCGGAUUCGGAAGUUGCAAAAGAACUCGCACUUGCUGAACAAUUACCACUCCUCUAGUCUCAACUAAAGUGUUUUUCUUAAAGCUUCAAAAACUAAGAAUUUCCUCCAGCACAAUACACAAGGUUUUUUUUUAAAUAUAAUUAUUUUUUUAAAUUCUUAAAAAAUUAUUUCUUUAUAUUAAUUUUUUUUUUUUUUUGAUAUCAAUACACUAACUUCUUUAUAAUGGCAAUGAUAAUCAAUCCCUUGCAUAAUGGAUUAUGUUACGAAAAAAAAGGAAAGAGUUUCAAUAUUUGUUUUUAUAAAUUGAAGCUUCAAGGCAAACUUCUUUAAUCAAUACUAUUUUGAGAUAUAUUUGUGAAAUAAUGUACAUAUAUGAUUAAUACUAACUGUACAAAUAGAUAAUACACUAAUGUACAUAUAGAAGUAGAAUUACGCUAGCUUGUCAAAUUUAAUGCAAGAUCUAGCUGAAGUGUAAUUGUUAAGAAUAAUAGUUAUAUCUUUUUUUUUUUUUUUUUUUUUAAUAAUUUUCGAUAAAUGUAAUAAUUAAGAUUCUUUUUCAAAUUAGUUUCUUUUCGUUUUUAAAAAAUUAUCACCAAAGCGUAAAGAAAUUGUUUGCCAAGUUUAUUUAAUUAUUACUGCGACAACUUUUUAGUUUUUAAUAAUGUGUCAUUAUUUCUUUUUUUAAUUUUUAUUUUAAAGAGUAACAUUAAACUGACUCUUUAUAAAUUUUAUAUUAGAUUGUUGUGCCUUGCAGUGCUUUAGGUUAAAUUAUAUAGUUUGUACAUUAUACACAGACAUUUGAUAGUAACCUGUAUGAAAUACAUUCAAGUCAUUAUAUUGGAUAAACGCUAAUAUUUAAUUAUCCUAGAAUUAAUUUUUUUAAUUAAAAAAAAAAUAAUAAUUAUAGAAUUUUCUUUAAUUUACAAAGAGAAAGAAUUUGUUUUAUUUGUAUUUCAUAAAAUUUUAUAGCAUUCACAUCUAUUUUUCAAAAGAAAACUCAAAAAUGAAUAUGCUAAAGAGAAG